AUGGUUAUUCAACUAUACACUCUCAGGUCUUCGAUCCGGCCGUUACAGGCACAAGUCCAUCGAUAUUUCUCCUCAGCAGUAACGGCGAGGAACUCCUCGCCUACAGAGCCUCCGCUGGAAGAAGACUUCUUCAGCCCUGCAGAGGCGGUCGAACCUCAACACCCUAGCUCGAAUACGCCUCUCUCUGACCUACCAGCACACCCUACCCCGAAGACGCUCCUCUCCGACCUACCAGCAACCAUUCUCAAUGACUACUAUGAGACCGAGUGCCCCAAUGACGCCCAGCUCGCCUACGCAGACAAGUUCUUCGCCCCCUCGCGCCACUCCCCGGUCAAGCUCUGGUCCGCCAGCAAGUUCCGGACGACGCCCAUGUCCGCCCACGAGCCCGAGGUCUGCUUCCUCGGCCGCUCCAACGUCGGCAAGAGCUCCCUCCUGAACGCCCUCAUGACGGGCGAUCUCUGCUACACCUCGAAGAAACCCGGCCGGACGCGGGAGAUGAACGCCUUCGGCAUCGGCGGCACCAAAGGCGGCGAGUCAAAGAUCGUGCUGCUCGAUAUGCCGGGAUACGGCUAUGGCGGUCGGUAUGAUUGGGGUAAAGAAAUCAUGAAGUACCUACAGAAGAGGAAGCAACUCCGCCGCAUCUUCCUCCUCAUCGACGGCUUCCACGGCAUGAAGCCCAUGGACCGCGUCAUCAUCCGCUGGCUCAGCGAAUACGGCCUCCCCUACCAGAUCGUCGUCCCCAAGAUCGACAAGGUCCUCGUCAAGCAACGCAACCAGCUCCGCUCCGGCGUCUCGGAGUCCUCCCUCGCCGCGUGUCGCGACCUGCACCGCGAGUUCCGGGAGUCGGCCGCCGACAUCGCCCGUGAAUGGAAUGGUCCCCCGCCCCUCGGGGAGACUCUGACCGCCUGUGCGCACGUCGAGCGCACCCCCGGCAAUUACAUCGGCAUCUCCGCCCUGCGCUGGGCCAUCUUGAAGGCGGCCGGGUAUGAUGCGAAUCUGGACGCGGAGGGGAAUGUGAUUAAGCAAGAGAAGGCGGCGGUGACGGUGGCGGCGCCGACGACGCAGGUACAGAACGAGGAGGGCGAAGAGAAGAAGAACACUAAGAAGAAGGCCGGUAAACUUCCGAUCACGAAGGUGCUCACCGGGUCAAGCAAGCGUUCAUUCCAAGUGUCGCCCAAACGACAAUGA